GCCACGUUGAUUGUUGGCAACACUGAUUAAAACGAAUAAUAAAUCGACUUCCUUACAGACUUCUAAUAAUUUUAAAAUAUGUCUUUUAAAUAAAUACAGUGUGCAAAUAUUAUAAUAAAGUGUUAGAUCAACUAUAUAUUCUUUUUAAGUAUUCAUAUUAUUUUCAUGAUGAGCAAUGACAGUGCUAAGAAAUCUUGAUUAAUUUUUUGAUGCCUUACCGCGUCUCAGCAAACGAAAUCGGUUAAUCUUCAAUAUGGCCGCUCUUUUCAAUGUCUGUAAUUAUUUUGUUUACGAUGGAUUGCGAGUUUGUAAUUCAUGUGAUAUGUAUGACUAUCAGCCUGACCUCACUUUUUUAAUUAGUUUACAGUGACUCGUUUCUCUGUCUGUGAAUACAAUAGAAAUAAAUAAGGAAAAAAUAAAUGUAUAUGUAUAUAAAAAUUGUGCAGUGCGGUGAAGUGAUUGUUUACAAUUCAUAUGUCGAGAAGACCAACAGUAGUGAUCGCGAUGUCACAACAUGAGCGAUUGUGAUGAGUCUGCUGUGUCUCUCACACGCGGCCCAGCGCUACAACUCAUGGGUGUGGAACGAAUCGGGAUCUCCGCCGGUGGCGGCGGAGGCGGAGGCGGCGGCGGCGGCGGCGGCGGCGGCGGCGUCGGCGCUAGCGGUGGCGGCAGCGCGGCACCGGGCGGGAUCCUCAACGGUGGAACAGCGGGCGUUGAACGUAUCGAUGAGCCGCCUCGGAAAAGGCCAAAGAUAUCCAGCGAUGAGGUGCACGCUCUUCGCAAACGGAUUCUUGAAUAUGAGGCUCUGCGUCAGAGAAGCUUGCGUGAAAGGAUAACGGAACAACUGAGUGAGCUCUACUUUCUCCAGGCCGGUGGCAAUAUGAUGGAUUACGUAGCUUGGCGGAAACGCCCUCCGGCACCUCAGCUGCUCGCUUUUCUAGAGGCGCGACGCCCCCCCGCCGUGCAGAUCGUGUCGCCGCCGCCGGCCAUCGUGCCGCCCGAGCCGCCGCCUCCGCCUGCCGCGCCGCCGCCUGCCACGCGCGCGCCGCUCACGCCGCCCGUUUCGCUCGCGCCGCCCGCGCCGUCCGCGCCGCCUGCGCCGCCCGCGCCGUCCGCGCCAUCUGCGCCGCUCACGCCUCCCGUUCCGUCUACGCCCUCCGCACCUCCCUCCGCGGCCGAUGAGAUGGUCGAAAAGGCGAAACAGGAGGCGUACGUGGCGUCGCGGGUGGCAGAACUCACACGCGCCGGCCUGUGGGCCGAGCGGCGACUGCCGCGAGUGAUGGAACCUCCUCGUGCUAAAACACACUGGGAUUAUCUGCUCGAAGAGAUGGCCUGGCUCGCGCAGGACUUUGCGCAUGAGCGUAAAUGGAAGAAACAGGCCGCAAAAAAGUGUGCUCGUGCAGUUCAAAAAUACUUUCAAGAUAAAGCAAUGGCGGCACAGAAGGCUGAAAAAGCACAGGAGUUACAGUUACGGAAGAUUGCGGCAUUCGCUGCAAAAGAAAUUCGGACAUUUUGGUCAAAUGUUGAAAAGCUAGUCGAAUGGAAACGCGUGCGACGGGUGGAGCGCGCUCGUAAAGAGGCCCUGGACGAGCAGCUGAGCUACAUCGUGGACCGCACCGAGCGGUACUCGCAGCAACUGGCCGCCAACCUGUCCGGCGGCGGCCAGCCCGACACGCCGCCCUCCGACGACGAGUUCGAGCCGCGCGACGCGUCCGACGACGACGAGGAGACCAUCGCGGCCGCCGAGCGCGAGGCCGCGCACGACGCCGCCGACCACCGCGACGAGCUCGAGGCGCUGCGGCGCGAGUCGCGGCUCGAGCUCGGCGACCUGCUGCCGCCCGGCUACCUGCGCGCGCACUCGCCGCCGCCGUCCGACUACGCGCCCGGCGGCGACGACUCGGCCGACGACGAGCGCUCCAUCGCCCGCCAGGAGCGCCGCGAGUCGCCCGCCGCCCGCGCCGCCCGCGCCGCCGAGCUGGCCGCGCUGCGCGACGACGCCCGCCUCGGGCUCGACGACCUCGUGCGCCGCUGCGGCCGCGCCGGCCACGCGGACCCCGGCCCCGGCUCCGACACGGACGCCGACACCGACACCGACACGGACGCCGACACGAGCGCCGGCACCGGCACCGCCGCGCCCUCGGACCAGUCCAGCGACGAGGACAGCUCCGGCUCCGCGUCCGAGGCGCUCGAGGCGCUGGUGCAGGGCGCGGCGGAGGGCGGCGAGCAGCGCGUGGAGGCGGCCGCGUCGCUGGCGGCCACGCUGCAGCCCACGGGCACGACGCUGUCGUCGACGGCGGUGGGCACGCCCGUGCCGCGGCUGCUGCGCCACGCGCUGCGCGAGUACCAGCACGUGGGGCUGCACUGGCUCGCCACCAUGCACGCGCGCGGCCUCAACGGCAUCCUGGCCGACGAGAUGGGGCUCGGCAAGACCAUCCAGACCAUCGCGCUGCUGGCGCACCUGGCGCUCGAGCGGCACGACUGGGGGCCGCACCUGGUCGUGGCGCCCACCUCGCUCGUGCUCAACUGGGAGAUGGAGUUCAAGAAGUGGUGCCCCGCCUUCAAGCUGCUCACCUACUACGGCACCAUCAAGGAGCGCAAGCUCAAGCGUGUCGGCUGGACUAAAGUGAACUCUUUUCAUGUGUGCAUAACCUCGUAUAAACUUGUAGUGCAGGACCAUCAAAGUUUUCGUAGAAAGCGAUGGAAAUAUCUUAUACUGGACGAAGCUCAAAAUAUUAAAAACUUUAAAUCUCAGAGGUGGCAGAUGUUGUUAAAUUUUCAAACUGAAAGGCGGCUGCUGCUGACGGGCACGCCGCUGCAGAACAGCCUGCUGGAGCUGUGGUCGCUGAUGCACUUCCUGAUGCCGGACGUGUUCGCGUCGCACUCGGAGUUCCGCGAGUGGUUCAGCGAGGUGGCGGGCAUCGCGGACGGCUCGCACCGCUACAACGAGGCGCUGGUGCGGCGCCUGCACGGCGUGCUGCGGCCCUUCCUGCUGCGCCGCCUCAAGGCCGACGUGGAGCGCCAGAUGCCGCGCAAGUACGACCACGUGCUGCUGUGCCGCCUCGCGCGCCGCCAGCGCUUCCUCUACGACGACUUCAUGGCGCGCGCCAGGACCAAGGAGAGCCUCGCGUCAGGCAACCUGCUGAGCGUGAUCAACGUACUGAUGCAGCUGCGCAAGGUGUGCAACCAUCCGGACCUGUUCGAGCCGCGGCCGGUCGCGUCGCCGCUGCAGCUGCCGCCGCUGCAGUACCGCGCGCCCGCGCUCGCGCUCGGCGGCGGCUGGGCCGCCCGCGCCGCCCGCGCCGCGCGCCUCGGCGGCGACCUCGCCGCGCUCGAGCUGGCCGGCGCCGGCGCCUUCGCCGCGCACCGCGCGCGCCACCUGGCGCCGCCGCGCCGCCUCGUCGAGGAGCUGGCCGGCGCCGCCACCGGCGCCGCGCUCGCGCCGCCGCCGCCGCCGCCCGCCGCGCUGCGCCUGCACCUGCGCCUCGUGCCGCGCGCCGCGCCCGCCGCGCCCGCCGCCGUCGCCGCGCCGCCCGCGCCGCGGCCCCGCGCACACGCCGCCCGCGCCGCGCCCGCGCCCGCGCCGCCCGCCGCGCCGCCCGCCGCGCCCUCCGCCGCGCGCCUCGCCGCGCGCCGCCGCGCCGCGCUGCGUCGCCUCGCGGCCGUCAACGAGCGCCGCUGCUGGCGGCUGCCGCUCUACGGCGCCGACCUGCGCGCCGCGGUCGACGCGGGCCCGCCGCCCGUGCCGCCGGUCGAUUUUACCACAUUGCUCGACCGCCUGCACGACGUCAUCGACAGGUUCAGCGUGUGCUGGCGCGGCGCCGUGGCGGGCGGCGCGCGGCUGGCGGCGGGCGCGGGCGAGGCGGCGCGCGGCUGGCGGCGCCGCGCCGCGCUGCUGGAGGCGGCGCUGGCGCCCGCGGCGCGCGCGCUGCUGGCGCUGCUGCACGCGCCCGCCUCGCGCCAGGCGGUCGCCUUCCCGCACCCGCGCCUGCUGCAGUACGAUUGCGGAAAGCUGCAGACGUUGGAUGGGCUGCUGCGGCGGCUUAAGGCGGGCGGGCACCGCGUGCUGAUCUUCACGCAAAUGACGCGCGUACUGGACGUGUUGGAGGCGUUCCUGUCCAUGCACGGCCACACGUACCUGCGGCUGGACGGCAGCACGCGCGUGGACCGCCGCCAGCCGCUCGUCGACCGCUUCAACAGCGACGCGCGCAUCUUCGCGUUUAUUCUGUCGACGCGCAGCGGCGGCGUCGGCCUCAACCUCACCGGCGCCGACUCGGUCGUGUUCUACGACUCGGACUGGAACCCGACCAUGGACGCGCAGGCGCAGGACCGCUGCCACCGCAUCGGCCAGACGCGCGACGUGCACGUGUUCCGCCUCGUCACCGCCGCCACCGUCGAGGAGAACAUCCUGCGCAAGGCCGACCAGAAGCGCGCUCUCGGCGACCUCGCCAUCGAUGGCGGCCACUUCACCACCUCCUACCUGAAACUCUCUAACAUCAAGGAACUAUUCGGCGCGGAGGCGGAGAACGUUCCAAGUUCGUCGGGCGCCGAGGCCGGCGGCGAGCUGGAGUCGGCGCUGGCCGCCGCCGAGGACGAGGCCGACGCGGCCGCCGCGCACGCCGCCCGCUGCGAGGCGCAGGGCGAGCUCGCCGAGUUUGACGAGACGCUGCCGCUCGACGACGAGCCGCCCGCCAGCCCCGCCCGCGCCGCCGACGACGCCGGCGACCUCGCCGCGCUCAUGAAGCAGCUCACGCCGAUAGAGAAGUACGCGAUGCGGCUCGUGGAGAGCAGCGAGGCGGCCACCGAGGCGGAGCGCAGCGCGCUCGGCGAGAUGCGGCGCCAGCUGCGCGAGUGGGAGGCGGCGCGCCGCCAGCUGCGCGACCAGCCGCCCGCCGCGACCGAGCCCGAGCCCGAGCCCGAGCUCACGUACGAGCGGGAGCAAGCCCGCGCCAAGGUGUGGGUGAGCGACACCGGCGGCGGCGAGACCAUGCCGGUGUGGUGCCCGCCCACGCCGCCCUCCGGCGACGGUGACGUGUACUGCGAGAGCUGGGCGCGCGCGCUGUACCGGCGCGGCGCCGCCGCCGAGGCGCUGCUGCCCGCCGUCGGGCGGCGCUCGCCGCGCGCCGCGCGCUCGCCGCGCCGCGGCCGCGCCGGCGCCGCGCGCCCGCCGCCCGCGCCGCCCUCGCUGUUCGAGCGCGGCGGCGGGCGGCCGCGGCCGCGCGCGCGCCUGCCGCCGCCGCACGGCGCCGCGCCCGCGCCGCCCGACUGGUCGGCCGCCGAGGACGCGGCGCUGCGGCGCGCGCUGCGCCUGCAGCGGCUGCCCGGCGAGCCGCCGGCCGCGCUGGCGCCCAACUGGGAGUGGGUGGCGGACGCGCUGGCCGAGCUGGCGCGCGCGCACCGCUCGCCGCGCGCCGCGCGCGACCGCCACGACGCACUCGCCGACCCCGAGCGCGCGCGCCGCAAGCACCGCCGCGCCGCGCGCCGCCGCGCCGACGACGAGCCGCCGCGCCCGCCGCUGCCGCGCCUCGACGCCAUGCUCGACGCCGCGCAGCGCCGCCGCGACGCGCCCAAGCGCCGCCUCGACGAGCCGCCGCACCCCAACCCCAAGCACGCGGCGCUGCUCGCCGACCACGGCAUCGACUACGACGCGCCCCCCACGCCCAUGGAGGUCGCGUCGCGCCGCGCCGACCGCAUCGCCAAGGAGAAGCUCAAGGCCGGCGCCCCCGCCGCCGCGCCCGCCGCCGCCGCCGCCGCCGCCGCCGCGCCGCCCGCGGCCACCCCGCCGCAGCGGAUCGUGGUGGCCACGCACGCGGCCCAGUUGACGAAGACGGAGCCGGCGCGCCGGGUCCGGCCGGCCGCGGCCGCCGGGCAAGCAGCGCCGGGCCCGGCGGUGGCCGCGUCGCCGGACAAGCCGCGGGCCGCAGCUCCCGUGGCCGUGGCGACGGUCACUAGCGCGGCGCCCGCGCAGCUGCUCUACAGACAGCAGCAGGCGCUCGCCGCCCGCCACCAUCUUAAAAUAUUACACCACGCGGGCGCACCACACGCUCAGGGUGCCGCAGCGAGCUCGUCGGGCGCGGAGGCGACGGGUGGCGCCACGCUGCGCACGCUGCAGCUGCAGCAGCUGCCGCUGCGGCGCGCCGCCGCCGCCGCCGCCGCCGCCGGCCCGCGCGGCUGCUGCCGGCGGCGCGCCACUCGCACGUCGUGGUCACGCACCUGGCGCCGGCCCCCGCCGCCGCAGCCGCCCCCGCCGCUCCCGCCGCCGCCGCCACCGCCGCAGCAGCCACGCCCGCAGCGCCCGCCGCUGCCGUCACCGCACAGAGGCCACCUGAAUCGAGACAAUAAAUUAAUUAUCGAUCCACUUGUCGUUUUUAUUGAAAAAUCCUGCACAAGCUAGCAAAAACUUGUAGUC